UUUCCAAGCAAAGAACGAGCAUUCAUCAAAGGAAAUUUUGGCAACAUAAUAUGUGGACCGAAUGGCUUGAUAAAGAUUUUUGGAGUUGUGGGACAGAAACCACAUGUGAAUCCAAGUCCACAUGACCAGAGCUAUGAUGAUAAGCCUCAAUUCUCCACACCCAUCACUCUCUUUCAAGCUUGGAGAGAGACAAUAGGUGAGGAGUGAAAGACGAAGGAAAGCAUCUUGUUUUGCAUUUCCCAUGGCCUGUCAUUGUGCUUACUACGCUUUUUCACCCUCACCACCAUACAAGGAUUUCUCCAUCGCCAAGCCAUCCACAAGAUCCAAACCUUUUCUUCUUUCCUCCAUUGCCAACGCUACUAGAGCUUCCUUCAACACCCUUGUCUCUCAGGCAGUUAGACAUUUGGUUCCUCCAGCAAGAUUUGAAGCUUCAAAGUUAAAAGUUGUUUUAAUGGGAAAAGAGAUGAAUGAAUAUUCUGGAAUCAUCCCAAGAACUUACAUCCUCUCUCACUGUGACUUCACAGCAAACCUAACCUUGACUAUCUCCAAUGUCAUUAACAUUGAUCAGUUGAGAGGCUGGUAUAGCAAAGAUGAUGUGGUUGUUGAGUGGAAGAAAAUAGGUGGGAAAUUAGGUCUGCAUAUCCAUUGCUAUGUGAGUGGUCCCAAUCUGAUGCUAGACCUCGCUGCUGAGUUACGAUAUUAUAUAUUCUCGAAGGAAAUGCCUUUGGUACUUGAGGCUGUGUUGCAUGGAGAUUCAGUAAUGCUCAGGGAGCAUCCUGAGUUAAUUAAUGCUUUGGUUUGGGUAUAUUUCCAUUCUAGCUCUCCAAAGUACAAUCGCCUGGAGUGUUGGGGGCCACUCAAGGAUGCUGCUAAGGGGAGACAGGGAGAUCAUUUUCAAUCCUUUUCAGGGGAGACAGGGAGAUCAUUUUCAGGGGAGACAGGGAGAUCAUUUUCAACUCCUGCCAAAAAGUGGCGAGGACAAAAAUCCAUUUUCCAAGCUAUUUUUGCCUUUCUUCUUUGAAGUGCUUUGCUUUGGCAGUAUGACCUUAAUGGCUAAUUUCAAUGGCCAAAGUUUAAUGAAGGCUCAGCGUAUACAGAACCACCAAAAACCUUACUGUAAGAGUAAGACACAGAAUUGAAGUCAUAAGCUGCAUCAAAACAAGGAUUGUUGGGUUCUCAAUUGAUUCUUCUGCAAUUAACAUAUUUAUGUUCAAUUGGAAAUAUUUAUUGACAACUCUUGUGCAACUGAUCAUUUGUUCAUUUGUUUAUCAAUGGCUGAUGUUUUCACUGCCUUUUAGUUGUAAAGUGGGUUGAUUUGGCUCUUUUUAAUAGAAAAUUCAAUUUUAAA